AUUCAUCAGCGAAAUGGCGGAGACCGCGGACACGAUGGAGGUGAGCUGCGGCUACACAAAGAGCGGCCCGGUCAAACUGGUGUCACAGGGAGAGAGCUCAGAGAAGCCUGCUGCUGAGGACAUGACGUCCAAGGACUACUACUUCGACUCCUACGCCCACUUCGGCAUCCAUGAGGAGAUGCUGAAGGAUGAAGUCCGCACACUCACCUACAGAAACUCCAUGUUCCACAACAAGCACCUGUUCAAGGACAAGGUGGUGCUGGAUGUGGGCAGCGGCACUGGCAUCCUGUGUAUGUUUGCAGCCAAGGCGGGGGCCAAGAAAGUCAUUGGUAUCGAGUGCAGCAGCAUAUCUGACUACGCGGUGAAGAUCGUCAAGGCCAACAAGCUGGAUCACAUUGUGACCAUUAUAAAGGGUAAGGUGGAGGAGGUGGAGCUGCCAGUGGACCGUGUGGACAUCAUCAUCUCUGAGUGGAUGGGUUACUGUCUGUUCUACGAGUCCAUGCUCAACACCGUCAUCUACGCCCGAGACAAGUGGCUGAAACCUGAUGGACUGAUUUUCCCUGACAGAGCCACGCUGUACAUCACCGCUAUCGAGGACCGUCAGUACAAGGAUUAUAAAAUCCACUGGUGGGAGAACGUGUAUGGCUUUGACAUGUCCUGCAUCAAGGAGGUGGCCAUCAAGGAGCCGCUGGUGGACGUUGUGGACCCCAAACAGCUCGUCUCCAGUUCCUGCCUCAUCAAGGAGGUGGACAUCUAUACGGUGAAGAUCGAGGAUUUGUCCUUCACCUCGCCCUUCUGCCUGCAGGUGAAGAGGAACGACUACAUCCAUGCUCUGGUCACCUACUUCAACAUCGAGUUCACACGCUGCCAUAAGAGAACCGGCUUCUCCACCGGUCCAGAGUCUCCGUACACCCACUGGAAGCAGACUGUCUUUUAUCUGGAUGAUUAUCUGACUGUGAAGACGGGAGAGGAGAUCUUUGGCACCAUCAGCAUGAAACCCAAUAUCAAGAACAAUAGAGAUCUGGACUUCACCGUAGAUAUCGACUUCAAGGGUCAGCUCUGUGAGAUGUCCAAGACCUCGGAGUACAGGAUGCGCUAAAACUCCUCUGUGUGCGUGUGUGUGUGUGUGUGUGUGUGUGUGGGGAGGGGUUGUCUGAGGGAGAUCAGUGCAUGUUCUGUGUGUGUGUGUGUGUGUGUGUCCUUGUUCCUUUUAGAGCGUGCUCUUGAGAUGAUCACCGAAGGACUUUUAUACGCUUACACAUGGACACUUUUGAGUUUCUAUACAAUGACGACGCAGCGGCGUUUUUAUUGUGCAAUAUUCACACAGGAUUUAUUUUUAUUAUUUUUGUCCUGUACUGAAUUUUUUUUCAGCGAGGAUGUAGAUAUAUACGUGUACACACACACACAUGGAGGAACAUGCACUGGUUCCCUCUUGCCUGUACAUAGUGUUCAUGUUCAGCCACUUUUAACCUGUUGUGCAGUCAUGGAUCAUGUUGUCAUGGCAACGCACCUGUCCCGUUUUGAUUUCUAGCAUUUAGUCGGGUAAGAUGAGCCUCCUGUGACGGUUUGGUUGCUCCUCUCAAUCAGUGCGUCUCUGCAUGUUUGGGGAAAACGCAAGUCGAUCAUUGGUGUAUUUUUGAAAUUCCUUUUACUAAUCCACCCUUUUCUGUGUUUAAAAAUUAUGAUGAAUUGAGGCUGCUGUUCGGAGCCUGAGCCGGGCUCUGUGAUUGGCUGAACGUGAAAGCGUACCUGCAGUCCUGUGCUCACACUGCAUUGUCAGUGUGGACCCUAGAGGGCGCUCUGAUAACCAACGGUUCACUCUGGUUUUAUUUUCCAUUACAGUUCGCGUGGUCGGUUUUUAAAACUAAUUUUGUUUCGUUGGGGGGGCAGAUUUCAGACUGAUCGUCUUUUAGUCGUUUCGCUGUUACAAACCGAACUCCGACCACCAGUGGCACUGAGCUGUGUUCUGACACGGAUCCACUGCGAGAGAACGUCAGGCGCUGACCGGUUUAGAAAGCCGGUGUCCAUCCCCUGAAUCAGUGUUAGAGAAAUGUAACGCACUAAACUAGGCUCAGCGUCUGCUACACGUCUCCUUUAGUUUUAAUAUCCGUCAUUAUCACAGGUGUAAAAGAAGAAAAGUUCUCAGUGUAGAGGAUCAGUUCGUAUUCAUCACUGCGCUGGGCUACAGCUGGCUAAAACUCUCUCCAUUAGAAGUACAUUAUUUUCUUUUUCUUUUUUUUUUUUUUUUUAAUAAAACAAUAAAAUUGGG